AUGGCCAGAUCGGACCGUCCGACGUCGUCGUCCUCGCAAGACCAGAGAGCGAGGCACGUUCUUCCCAGCCUGAGGGACGCUGUAGGCCAAGCCCUGCACGCACAACGACCACCUUUAAACCCUCAGAUCGAUCCACAGUCUCGAAUUGCUGAGUUCUUUGUUCCUGGCAUUUCGACCAUCUACCUUGACGACCUUCCGAUACGGACAUAUACCAUCGGCGGCCUCCGAUACAACAUGGCUCAACCAAGAAACGAGACCAAAAGCGACUUCGCGCAAGACUGUCGAUGGAAGGACAAUUACCUACUCCCUAGAGGUGGCUCAGCAGCCAGAGAAAGCCAGAGCCUGCGGCUCAGGUCAACACAAGAUCGCCGCCCUGUCGACCCUCCACCCGUCAUUCAACUGAGAGUGUUCAACGGAAAGGUAGACAUCACGUCUAUUUAUGAUGCUACGUUUAUGCUUUACGCCAGCCUGGAAGUCGCUCGACCUAUUGCAGCUGGCAAGAUGCACACCCCUCCGUCUAUCCCUGUUCUUUCCGGCGUCGCGGUUGCCAGCGCCGCCUACCUAGAAAAGCCGACACCGGCUGCCUACUUUAUCUUUCCUGACUUGUCCGUCCGACAUGAAGGUUGGUAUCGGCUGAAGUUCUCUCUGUUCGAGGGUAUCAAGCACCAGUGUGAUGCCGAUGUCGAGAACCCAUUCAUUCGGACAUCUCAAGGAAGUGAAGACGGAGGAAGCGCCCCUGUUCGUCACGAAUGCAUGGCCAAUAGACUGGAGGUACAAACUGUUCCUUUCCAGGUCUAUAGUGCCAAGAAGUUCCCCGGCCUGAGCAGCAGCACCGCACUGAGUAAGACUGUCUCUGAGCAGGGCUGUAGGGUCCGUAUCCGACGCGAUAUCAGACAGCGGAAGCGGCCGCAGAAACCCGAACCAGAACUUGAUGACAGUCGCAGUUCCUACCACGGAACGCCCCAGAUCGCUUUCCGCAAUAUGGAGCAUUCACGGUCAGUUAGCCGCAACAGCUUCGGCAGUCAACACGAGGCGGAGGACGCACGACGAGCUUCCGUGGAUAGCAUGUACAGCCGCGGCCCGAUGUCCAGUCGUCAUUCCUCCAUUGUCAGUAUACCCAUGGCAAGCCCUUCUUUGCCAAGCCUUGCGCCAACAAUGUCGAUGCCACCCCCUCCGCCUUCAUUCAACCAGUAUAGUCCCUCGCGCACUGUACCAGACACUACCGCGCCGGCGCCAUCACAGAUUCCCUCGUUAGCUCCCAGGUUGCCUCAACCAACAAGUUCGCCUGACAGUCAUACCUUGCCUUCGAUAAGAACGGAAUUGCUCUCGAACAAGGACGAGUCGUUAACACUUCCUCCCUUGAGGAUGGAUGGUGUCAAUGGAAAGUCAUUCCGCCAAUGGCCAAAUGUACCUCCAGCCGCAUCAACCAAACGCUCCCGUAGUACGUACGACUACGCGUCGAGUAACACCAUAAAGAGUGGUGCGCGACCUGACCCAGUCUCAGCCAAUAUGUAUGCCACCCCGCUACCCAGUGCAAACGAUAUAAUCGAAGCGGAUCCUGAUAUGGAUGGUACCGAACAAGACGAGUAUGAAGGUCCUCUUAACGACGACAUGGCACGAUUCGAACGUGCGGACGGUAGCAUGGCUAUGGUGACACGUCCUCGUUUCUUUCUCAACCCCGCCACACCCAGCAGAGGGGGGCUAGCAGGGCGGAGUACAUGA